AUGAUGGCUCCGCGUAAAAAAGACGUCCUUUCGACUGUCACCGACAAGACCGAGUCUGCUACCGACGCGGUGGACCGAUCCGCCAGCCACCUGCGCCAGAAGACUCGUUUGGAGCACAUUUCAUCUCCAGCCCGAUUCAUUCUCGUUGUGGGCAGUAGUUUGAUCCUCAGCUCUACCUUGUUCACCCUUUCCUCGAGCAUCACCUUAGGCGAACUCGGUGGUGUGAGCAAACACCUCGAGGAAUGGUGGGAAGUUGGGGGAUUGAUAGUAUGGAAGGCCGUCGAGGUCGGAUUGGCCUGGACUCUAGGAUUUGACGGCCGAGACGUGUCCUCGUUCAUCUUCCUCACCCACCUGCCCACCUAUGCUCUACUUGUAUCUUUCUACAACAUCCGACCCACCACCGUUCUCGCCUCGUACGCCAUUAUCCUCUUCUCGACCUCAAUCACAUUCAUUUUUCUCCGCAAACCCUCAUCCGUGCAUAACCUGUCCGGCGCCCCGUGGGAUGCCGUCUCCAACCGGUUGAUCCUCCAAGACCGCGCGACCACGAUCUAUACCACCGUCGCGGCGACGGCCAUUUUCACCGUCACCCUGUACAUCAGCUACGCCACCUGGCUCCCAGCCCAGCUCGUCCUCCACUUCAUCAACAUCCCCGACAUCAGCGCCGUACACGCUGGCCCCGCCGGUCUCCCCGUUCUCUUCGUCUCUCUUCUCCCCGCCGGCUGGGCCGCGCGAGACUUUCUAUUCGCGAGCUCCGCCGGCGCACUGGCAUCGAAAUCGGACUCUACCAAGAAAUCUCCCUCUUCUUCCUCCACCGACCGCCAGGGCGAAUAUCUCAUUUCUACGAUCUACCGCAAAACAUGGGCCUCCUUGUCCGCCAAAACGCGGGUCCUGGUUUCCCGCACUUUCGUACUCGCCAGUAUGUUGGUGGUCAACACCAUCGUGCAGGUAGCGGGCACCAUUGACGGAGUUGACAUUGAAGGCGCGUCCGCGUGGGGUUCCGUCUGGGCUGUUGCGACUUUCAUCGUGGCUGGGCUCUUUGCCUGGAUCGAGGCCAUCGAUGGCGUAUAG